AUGUUUAGUGUUGACGCUACACAAUUAGAUAAAUGUAAAGAAUUAAAAAAUAAAAGAUUUGAUAAGAUUGCAUUCUUGAUAUCUUGUAUACCAUUCUUAUCAUCUCGAAGUCGUAAUUCGGAUAAAUACGAUGGCGAAAUUUUUUUGUCUCUUAAAUCUGGAUUACCUUACGAUAAUUGGAAUAUUAAAAAUAUUAUAAAAUCAAUUGGUAAUUUAGUUAUUCGUGCCACUAAUCCAUUUAUUCCAAGUCAAUAUCCGGGUUAUCAACAUCGAAGAACUUUGGGAUUUCAAGAAGGAAUUAGUAAAAGCGAUAAUGAAGAGAUUACAGAUAAAAAAGCUAAAAUUCUUCUUAUUGGAAAAAAGGAAGAAUCAAAGAAAAGUAAAAAACGUAGAUAA